UACAAAACCGGAAGCAUAAUGGCGGCCGCUGUACAUCCCCCGCUUGUUGUUCCUAUGCGUUAUGAUCCGUCAUUUAAAGUUGAUGUUCGUUUGCAUGAAUCUCUGUUGGCGACGGCCUACACAUCGUCAGACGUUGACAUCGAGAUGAUGUCACUGUGUGCCCAGCUUGAUGCUCUCUGUAAAAAGGAACUCGUCAUGCAACCAUCUCAUCGAAUAGAUCAUGGAAAAACAAGCAGUUCAUUUGUAAACAAAGCCAAUGUUGUGUUCGACCACAUGAGACAGCUGCUGCUGCGAUCCUGUCACCACACAGAUGUUCAGGAAUACAUGGAGAGUAAAGGAAUUGAUCGACUAUUUCCUCGAGCAGCAGCAUACAUCUACCACCCUGACAAGAUGUCUCUGUCCCUGAAGAAAACCAAUCUCGAUAACUAUUUUUCACAGCUCGCUACACUUCACCAGUUGUCAACACUAGCUCGUCAGAUCAACAAUGAUGUCUUAACUCACGACAGACCUAAAUACAUUGCACAUCAACUGGCGUUAUUAUAUCAAUCCAUAAACGCGGUACAGAACAACAAUAUGCUUGCAGUACUGAAGAAGAACAUUGAAGACAAUUUUAAAGUUGUAAAGAGUUGCUUUAUGAACGACGGCGACAGAGAUUCGUAUCCACCAGAACUCAAAGAGUGGUUGUUGACAAUAACAAGCAAUAUUGUAAGCAUCAUUGAAGAGUUUCCAGUUCAACUCACAGAGGACAUGUUACAGCCAGCCUACAUCCUCGCACAGUCGUCAUGAUGUCCACUUGAACACUGACACUGCCUGCUUGUGACCUGCAACUGUGACUUCUGCUGACAGGGGUGGAUCCAGGUGGUGUACACUGACACUGCCUGCUUGUGACCUGCAACUGUGACUUCUGCUGACAGGGGUGGAUCCAGGUGGUGUACACUGACACUGCCUGCUUGUGACCUGCAACUGUGACUUCUGUUGACAGGGGUGGAUCCAGGUGGUGUACACUGACACUGCCUGCUUGUGACCUGCAACUGUGACUUCUGCUGACAGGGGUGGAUCCAGGUGGUGUACACUGACACUGCCUGCUUGUGACCUGCAACUGUGACUUCUGCUGACAGGGGUGGAUCCAGGUGGUGUACACUGACACUGCCUGCUUGUGACCUGCAACUGUGACUUCUGCUGACAGGGGUGGAUCCAGGUGGUGUACACUGACACUGCCUGCUUGUGACCUGCAACUGUGACUUCUGCUGACAGGGGUGGAUCCAGGUGGUGUACACUGACACUGCCUGCUUGUGACCUGCAACUGUGACUUCUGUUGACAGGGGUGGAUCCAGGUGGUGUACACUGACACUGCCUGCUUGUGACCUGCAACUGUGACUUCUGCUGGCAGGGGUGGAUCCAGGUGGUGUACAUGGACACAUGGACAAACUUGUGAAAAGGACACUCAGUAAAAGUUUCAGCACAACACAACACAACACAACACAACAAAACACACACACACCUAUACAUGUUACACAUAUGCACACACACACAUACCACACACUAACAUACACACACACGUAUCACACACACACAUAUACGUUACACAGACACGUUUGUGUAUGCACACCACACACUUGUACACACACACAAAAAUAAAAAAUUAACAAUUUAAAAUGGGGGGGGCACUUGAAUAUUUUUAUAUGGGAAGAUCUCUCUGGUUCUCCCUUUGGAUCUGCCUCUGGCUAGCACCAUCAGCAAUUCUGCUAACAAUGUUUUCACGUCUGCUGAAAUAAUCAUGACAUUUACUGGCAGAAUCAUAUUUACUAGCACCAUUUGUUGUCGCAGUCGUGUUUUCUAGAUUAAAUCAAGUCUGCUAGCACAAACAUAUCGGCAUAAUUGAAUGGACUAGCAUAAUCAAGUCUGCCGACUCCAUCAUCUUUGUCAGCAGUGACGAUUUUUUGAUAGCACAGCUAUUAUUCUGUGAGCAGUAAUUUCGUCUGCUCAUACAGUUUUAACAUUUGCUAGCGAAUAGCAGUCAUUUAAACAGUUAAAGUCACAAGAAUAUCAUGGGAUUAUGACAACUUUCUUGUGGUACCAUGAUUGUUGCUCAUUUCAGACUGAGGGGUGAGGGUUUUUUUCUCAAAAACUGGUCUUUUACUAUGUUUUAUGAAGUUUGUAAAUAUUUGCUGCAAUUGUGAGCUUCCUUGUAGUAAUUUCCAUAAAUAAUUUGAUAAUGCUUAUACAUUCCUUUUGACACAUGAUUUUUUAUUGUUAUAUAGGCAGAAGUGACAAAAUCAUGAUUUGAAGAAGUGGGGGCUAAAUGUUUUGUUUCAUUUUUAAUAGCCUUUACUGGGGUUCAUUUGUAUACAUGAACAGAUAUUGAUUCAAAAUAUAUUAAAACCUGUUUUAAGCAGCCUGCUUAAUACACGUCAGUUUAGACAAAACAGGUUACCAGUUGUCGGAAAUGGGCUUGAAACCUUAACCAUCAUGUUGCUUUUAUAUUCUGCAUAUGUCUAUUCAGUCUUCACAAUUCACAUCCGCAUUCUAUAAAAUCGAUGUAAAAGCGGAGGUUAAAUUGAUUUACAUCAGUAUUUGUUUUGCCAACCUAUAUGAUUGUAAGAAGAUACUAAUACAGGAAUAGUGAAAGUUUAUUUUAAGAAUAGGCCUACCAACAAAGCACAUUGAUUUAUUAAUCAUCAGCUAAGGGAUGUCAAACAUUUGAUAUAGGCUUGGAGAAAACCUGCUACUUUAUUUAGCAGCAAGGGACCUUUUAUGUGCACUUUCCCACAGACAGGACAGCACAUACAGCAGCCUUUGAUAUAGCAGUCGUGGGAGCACUGGUUGGGGUGGGAAAAUACAAAUAUACAUAUACUAAAAUAGGAAAAUAGAAAUACCAGUGUGCGGAAAAGUAUUUGUUUUUGCUGAGGCAGUUUCUGAAUUGUCUAUUUAUAUUAUUCCUUCAUUACUGGUCACAAUGGUAAUUCUUUUUAUCACCGGCCUCUGUGGUGUCGUGGUUAUGCCAUCGGACAUAAGGCUGGUAAAUACAGAGUUCGCAACAUGUUACCGACUCCCACCCUACUCAGUGGGUAGGUGUAAGACCACUAUACCCUCUUCUCUCACACUAACAACUAACCCACUGUCCUGGACAAACAGCUGAGGUGUAUGUGCCCAAGACAGCGUGCUUGCACCUUAAUUGGAUAUAAGCACAAAAAUAAGAUGAAAUGAAAUGUUUUUGUCUUGCCUUUCUAAAAAAAAAAACCCGAGAUAUAGGUAUUAUUUUUCCAAUGGUGGUGGUGAUAGCAUCAACUUCUGUGUUGAAGUUUCACAUUUAGAUCAGUUUGUCACAAACCACAAGUACUAGGUCAGUGAAACUUGGUUUGUAGUUGCACCUAUGGAUGUCUAUCACAAUGCACUAAAAUGUUUAUGGUAAGAGAAACACUGAAUUCAGAGGAAUUCUUGUGUUUUUGUUGUGAAGUUAUUGAGCUGAAUUUACAAAGCCUGUUUAUGCAUAAGCGUACGAGAAGGGUGGGGGAGAGGGGAUUAGGAGCAAAACCUCAAAUUCGGGUAAAAAUGAUGGGAGAUAUUGGGGCAAAAUAUGCUAACCUGAGAUCUUUUUACCAUGUAUUUCUAUCAUUCUACCUUCAAAAUUAGUUGUAAUUCAUGUAAAAAUGCGUAGUGAUUCGUUUGCAUCCCUAUAUACACACAGCAGGUAGCUGUUUGGUAGUAAUGCUAAUAUGAUUAAAUGUUAUCUAGAUUCGGGCAUUUUCAUUUAAUUCGGACAAAAGCCAGUCUGCCCCUAUACAAAAAUGGGAGCCCGUAAGUCUGUGUUUACGUCUUACAUUGGUGUAACUACAUACAUUUACACUAUUUGAACACCUGCGUUUAAGAAAAACAGACUUUGUAAAUUCGGCACGUAGUGUUUAUUUUAUUUUAUGUGCUCAUGUGAACUUCAUAAAAUGGCAGUAAAAGUACAUGUAUUAGAAUAUUAUACAUAUUUUUUGUACAUAAUUGAAAAGAUAAGCAAUUUUGUGAUCUCAUUCAACUGCCUGUAUUAAUACCACAUAUAUUUACCCAACGAUCAAAAGAAAAGAAAAAUAUAUCGAUAAAUCUUUUUAAACGGGCUAAUAAAAAUGACACGAAGCACUAAGUUGAUGCAAGUGUUGUAUUUUAAAAGUAUUCAUUAGGUGAGAUAUGAACACACAAUAAGAAUCAUCAAAUGUGAACGUCAUUGCUCACAAACGACACUAGUGGUAAAAUGUGCAAUUUCACAUUAAAAUGUUUCUGAACACUUUCUUUUGAUCGUUGGUAUCUUUAUGCCAGUGUGUCCCAUAUUGUAAUUGUGUUUAUAUCAUGGUGUUUUGCACUUUAAAUCGAUAUCAUAUCAUGGUGUACUACCAGGGCCGGAUUUAGAUCUUGGGGGGCCCGGGGCACUUCAGGUUCGGGGGCCCCUCAACAUAGAAAUUAAUUACAUGACAAAUAAAAAAAUGAAGAAUUUUAUAAUUAUUACAUUUCUUGAUAAAGAAAGUCCUUAUUCUGGGGGGCCCCCUCUGGCUGGGGGGUCCGGGGCAAUUGCCCCCUUUACCCGCUUAUAAAUCCGGCACUGUGUACUACGUAUUUUACCACUGUAUAGCCUCUCGCGUAUUGUUCGUACUGUGGUGUCUAGUAUUUUUCUAUUGUGUUGGAAGUCUUGUUAAGUGGGUGUGUUUUUUUUCUAUGUUGGCAGUAUUACGCAUUUAUUUUACAGGUAUUUAUGUAAAAGAAUCUCUCAAAAUAAAAUAAUUAUGAUAACUG